AUGGACAUUUUGAUCAUUAUAAUGUUUCCUAUGAAAGGCAUGGUGGAUUCUUUCAAUGCUUCUGUUGCUGCUGGCAUUCUCAUGCACCAUGCCAUCUGUGGCAGGACUUCUUGCUUGGGUUGUCAUGGUGAUCUAACAUUGGAAGAAAGCCAGACUCUUCUUGAGGAAUUUUCUCUGCAUCACAGCAAGAGUGCAAUUAGUAUUGUGGCUCCAGAAAAUCUUACAGGUGCUGUUUUUGCUGUUAUACCCACUGAAAUGCAUAAGAUGUAG